AUGGCGUCAGCCCCGCAGCCGCAGGUUGCUACAGCCCUGCCAUGCGCGCUUGCCCGCCGCUCUGCAUGCUGCUCCAGCUUUGCUACUCGGCCCGUGCCCGUGCGUCCUCACGCUAUCGCGGUACUGCAGGUCGUCCCCGGCCUGGAUCCCCCGCCCACGCAUACGCGCCGCCAGCCUGGCUCGCCUCCGCUCCACCCAAGCGCGUCGGCGACGCCCUGUCGCUCCUCCUCACCUGCGCUGGUUGCAGGCCGACUGCUGAGGCCGGCCUCCCACGCGGCCGUUCCAUCCGGCCGCACCUUCGCCCGCUUGAUGGCUCUGUGUCAGCGCUGCGCUCACGUGCCCAUCUGCCGAGUCGCCCGCUCGCUGGCUCUGCCUGGCGACCCUGCCCACGGCCGGCCGACUGCGCCGCGCACACUAGCUCGUCUGCCUCUCGUCGGGUCUGCCCCGCCCGUGGCCGCCUGCUCAGAGCUCGUGUCUGGCUACAGCCGCGCGCCGCCUGCUCCCGCGCCGGGUCCCCAACGCCGCAUCCUCUGCCCUGGCUCCUCGCGUCAACCCAGUCGUCCUGCGCCAUCUGGCCCCGCCAGCACCUCGGGCGUGUUCCUCGACAGGCCAACUGCGCCGGCCGGCUUCCGCAUCGCCCAGCCGGCUUUGCCCGCGCCGCGGUCGGCUGCGUCUCCCCAGUGCCCGGCCGCCUUCCGGCUCGCUCUGCCUCCUCGGGCGGCUACCCCGCACUCCGCCUCCCCGGGCCGCCUCACCGCUCACCGGCCCCGCCAGCUCGGCCGCGGGCCUCCUCCGCUCGGUGCCGGCUUGCGGCUCCGCCUGCGCCCUUGCCUCGUCGCCUGCCCGGCCUCCCGCUCCGGGGCCGGCUCCACCCUUCCCCGCAUCCGGCCGACUGCUUAG